CGCGUCCAGCGGCUGAGGGGACGCGGACGCACGGGAGACCGCGUAGUCCUGUUUAACUUUACUUUUCCCGUUUAUUAAAACUUCUGCGCCACAUUCCUCCCUUAUUUGUGUUCCCUUCUUCACCCUCCCUACAGACGGACUGAGUUUGGAUAUCGGCAGGGGGGAGGAGGCAGAGGACCAAGGGGCUCCUCUCAGAUGGAGCACCAGGGCUCCGGGAGCUCAGGGCGCACGGCGGACCCGGAGUGAGUGACGCUGGUGGAUGGACGCUGCUCCCCGCUUCAGGCUGUUCACAGCACAGCCAUGACCGACACCCAGGAUCUAGACCUGCAUGAGCAGCACAGAGGACCAACGCAGGACCAAGGGGAUGAGGAGGAGGAGGGGGAUAAGGUGCAUGUGUCAGUUGAGGAGGAGGAGGGGGAACAGGAAGGGCAGGAGGAGGAGGAGAAGGAGGAGAAGGAGGAGCUGCCGUACCCCUCUCUAGCACCAGUGGUUCUUUUGGCUCUGACCCAAACCAGCCCACCCCGCUCCUGGUGCCUUCGAGCUGUCUGCCACCCAUAUCCUUCACAGUCGGGAGCUCUGGAUGAUGGGAUCUUUGUGUUUUUUGCCGGGGAGAUGCUGGUGAAGAUGGUGGCUCUUGGGGUCAUAGGUCAGAGCGGUUACCUAGGUGACACAUGGAACAGAUUGGACUUCUUCAUUGUUAUAGUGGGAAUGUUGGAAUACUCGCUUGAUGGACACAACGUCAGCCUAUCAGCAAUUCGGACUGUCCGGGUUCUCCGCCCACUCCGAGCCAUCAACAGAGUUCCCAGUAUGCGCAUCCUAGUGACCCUCCUCCUAGACACACUUCCCAUGCUGGGCAAUGUACUGGCCCUGUGCUUCUUUGUCUUCUUCAUCUUCGGCAUCGUUGGCGUGCAGUUGUGGGCGGGGCUACUGAGGAACCGCUGUUUUAUGGGAGAAGAUGUCAAGAUUGCUGAGGAGGCCCUUCCAGAGAUGGGACUUAGAGUAGAUGGAUCACUGUCAUGUGUGAACUGGUAUCAGUAUUACAAUGAGUGUCGGGCCGGGGAAAUAAACCCACACAAAGGAGCUAUUAACUUUGAUAACAUUGGAUAUGCAUGGAUUGCCAUUUUUCAGGUAAUUACUCUAGAAGGUUGGGUAGACAUCAUGUACUAUGUCAUGGACGCACAUUCCUUCUACAAUUUCAUCUACUUCAUCUUCCUCAUUAUAGUGGGCUCCUUCUUCAUGAUCAAUCUGUGCCUGGUCGUCAUAGCAACCCAGUUUUCUGAAACGAAGCAGAGAGAACAUGCCUUAAUGAAAUCUGAGCAGCGCGCCCGUCAGCUGCACCAAUCAGCUUCCACGCUGGCCAGCGACAGCCAACCAGGAAGCUGUUAUGAGGAGAUCAUCCGCUACGUGGCGCACCUGGGCCGCAAGGCGUGGCGCCGACUGUCCCGCUUCUAUGCUCAGUCACGGACACACUUUCACUGUGUGUGCGUGUGCCAGAGAGACAGAUGCAGUGGAUCUGCCCGAGGGGGCGGAGCUGGGGAGAUGAAUGGACUUGCCCACCGGCACUCAGGCCAUGCCCCCAAUGACCUGUCCCACCUUCAUCAGCUUUAUUUUCAACAUCACCAGCAACAUCACCAGCAUCCUCAGCCUCAGCCUGAGCCUGCUCUCAGCAACGGAGGGAACUGUUUUAAUUAUCCCUUCAUAUCGCCCCUCUUCAGGCACCUGGAUGCAAAGGGCCGAGACCAGAAGAGGCUUGUUGCUACAGAGAUAGUCAACAGACCGCCACAGCUGGUGCUAGAACGUGGUUUGUGCACUGGGCAUCCUGCGCUACUGCUACCAGGUGAAGUGCCAGGAGAGUCCUCGGUAUGCCCAUAUCGCACCUGUUGCCACCAGCUUAGCGACAGCGAAAUUGUCAAUGAGGAACCUGAGGAUCGGCAACUUGGGUACAGCAGCUCAUGCCAUGGCAAUAGCCCGUGUCAUAGUAACAGCCCGUGCCACUGUAGCAGCCCGUGCCACAGUGAAACAAAGGUGUCUGAGCCAAAGACAAGGCUGCUGGAGGGCUGCUGGGCGGGACUCCGAGCGAAACUGGAGCUCAUUGUUGGGAGCAGAUACUUCAGCAGAGGAAUCAUGAUUGCCAUCCUUAUUAACACGCUGUCAAUGGGCAUAGAGUACCAUGAACAGCCGCAGGAGCUGACAGACAUUUUGGAGAUCAGUAACAUGGUGUUCACAAGUCUCUUCAGUCUGGAGAUGCUGCUGAAGCUCUUGGCUCUCGGCCUGUUUGGCUACAUCAAGAACCCUUACAACAGCCUCGACAGCGUCAUUGUCAUUAUCAGUGUGUGGGAGAUUGUGGUGGAGGCCGAGGGAGGCUUGUCUGUCCUGCGCACCUUUCGUCUUUUGAGAGUUUUGAAGCUGGUCCGUUUCCUUCCUGCCCUGAGGAGGCAGCUGGUGGUGCUGAUGAAGACCAUGGACAAUGUCGCCACGUUCUGCAUGUUGCUGAUGCUGUUUAUAUUCAUAUUCAGUAUUUUGGGGAUGCAUCUGUUCGGCUGCAAGUUUGGUUUGCGACAAGACGGUGGAGACACGUUACCUGACAGAAAAAACUUUGACUCUCUGCUCUGGGCGACUGUCACUGUGUUUCAGAUCCUCACCCAGGAAGACUGGAACUCAGUGCUCUAUAACGGGAUGGCGUCCACCUCGCCACUGGCCGCCCUCUAUUUUGUCGCCCUCAUGACCUUUGGCAACUACGUCCUCUUCAACUUACUUGUAGCCAUUUUGGUUGAGGGCUUCCAAGCUGAAGGUGAUGCCAACAGAUCUGAGACAGAUGACGAGGCACAGUCACUCUCUUACGAGGAUGAGGAGAAGUUGAGAGAGUUAUAUGCUGCAGAGCUUAAGAUCCAGGCCAUGAUGCUAAGCCCCAAUGGCCUCCUGAACCCAAAAGCCUCCAUGCCCCACCCUCCUCCUCUUCCUCCACAUCUGCCAGUCAUCAGACACACCGCAGCCACACCCACCAUAAACUACAGCCAAUCACGUCGUGCAAGUGGUGCAUCAAUAGACAUCAACAGCCUCGAGCAGAGGUCACCGUUGAUUUCACAGUGUGCGUGGGACAGUGGGCCAGGGAGCCGCCGCUCUAGCUGGACCAGUAUUGGUCGAGCCCCCAGCCUCCACAGGAAGAGCCAGUCAGGAGAGAUGGAGUCCCUGCUAUCCGACACACACACAAGCUCCAACUUCAGCAGCACAGAGCAGUCUCUGGACCAGCCAGAGUACCUGCAGGUGCCUGUGGUCCACCCACUCGACUGCAACGGCACCACCUUCCUUCAUCCUGACCGCUGCUACGACGACGCUCCUCUGACGACACAUUACCACAGUGAUCAGGAAGAGGAGGAGAUUGAAGAGAGUUUUUGUAAGAAGCUGAAGCUUAUGCUGGAGCCAUAUGAGCCUCAGUGGUGCCGGGAUCAUGAGGAGUGGUCCCUGUAUCUGUUCUCUCCACAGAACCGGUUCAGACUGUGGUGUCAGAGGGUCAUAGGUCACAAGAUGUUUGAUCAUAUCGUCCUCCUCUUCAUCUUCCUUAACUGCAUCACCAUUGCUCUGGAGAGACCUGACAUCCAGCCCAACAGCAUGGAGCGGGUUUUCCUCAGUGCAUCUAAUUACAUCUUUACUGUGAUCUUCGUGGGUGAAAUGAUGAUCAAGGUGGUAGCUAUGGGCCUGUACUUUGGAAAGGGUGUGUACCUGCAGAGCAGCUGGAAUAUAUUAGACGGGCUGCUGGUGUUUGUGUCGCUGGUGGACAUCCUGGUCUCCCUCGCAUCAGCAGGUGGUAAUCGAAUCUUAGGCAUCCUCCGUGUGCUUCGUCUGCUCCGCACCCUGCGACCUCUCAGGGUGAUAAGUCGAGCUCCAGGUCUAAAACUGGUGGUGGAGACUCUGAUCACAUCUCUCAGACCCAUCGGGAAUAUUGUCCUGAUUUGCUGUGCUUUUUUCAUCGUCUUUGGAAUAUUAGGCGUUCAGCUGUUUAAGGGGAAAUUCUUCUACUGUGACGGGCACGAUGUGAGUAACAUCACCAAUAAAACUCAAUGCAUGGACGCAGGAUACCGCUGGGUCCGACGGAAAUACAACUUUGACAACCUGGGACAGGCGCUGAUGUCGCUGUUUGUGCUGUCCUGUAAGGACGGCUGGGUCAGCAUCAUGUAUGAUGGCCUGGAUGCUGUCGCAGUGGACCAGCAGCCAAUAAGAAACAACAACCCGUGGAUGCUGCUGUUUUUCAUCUCUUUCCUGCUCAUCGUCAGCUUUUUUGUGCUCAACAUGUUUGUGGGCGUGGUGGUGGAGAACUUUCACAAGUGUCGCCAGCAGCAGGAGGAGGAGGAAGCGCGACUGAGGGAGGAGAAACGGCAGAAACGGUUGGAAAAGAGGAGGAGAAGUGAGAAAGCAACACAGGAAUGGGGGGAGCGAAUGAGUGCAAGUAACAUCACCAAUAAAACUCAAUGCAUGGACGCAGGAUACCGCUGGGUCCGACGGAAAUACAACUUUGACAACCUGGGACAGGCGCUGAUGUCGCUGUUUGUGCUGUCCUGUAAGGACGGCUGGGUCAGCAUCAUGUAUGAUGGCCUGGAUGCUGUCGCAGUGGACCAGCAGCCAAUAAGAAACAACAACCCGUGGAUGCUGCUGUUUUUCAUCUCUUUCCUGCUCAUCGUCAGCUUUUUUGUGCUCAACAUGUUUGUGGGCGUGGUGGUGGAGAACUUUCACAAGUGUCGCCAGCAGCAGGAGGAGGAGGAAGCGCGACUGAGGGAGGAGAAACGGCAGAAACGGUUGGAGAAGAGGAGGAGAAGGGCCCAGGAGAAGCCAUAUUACGCUGACUACUCCCCACUGCGUCGAUCCAUCCACACAGUGUGCACCAGCCAAUACCUGGAUCUCUUCAUCACUAUUAUCAUCUUCACAAACCUCCUCACCAUGAGCAUGGAGCACUACAACCAGCCUAAGUACCUCGAGGAGAUACUGAAGUACUGCAAUUACGUCUUCACAGUGGUAUUUGUCAUCGAGGCCAUUCUCAAACUCAUCGCUUUUGGCCUGCGGCGCUUUUUCAAAGAGAGAUGGAACCAGCUGGACCUCGCCAUUGUGUUGUUGUCCAUCAUGGGUAUCACACUGGAGGAAAUAGACCUGAACGCUUCCCUGCCCAUCAACCCCACCAUCAUACGCAUCAUGAGAGUCCUGAGGAUAACACGAGUGCUGAAGCUGUUGAAGAUGGCUACAGGAAUGAGAGCCCUUCUGGACACCGUGAUGCAAGCUCUGCCUCAGGUGGGGAAUCUGGGUCUGCUCUUCAUGUUGCUGUUCUUCAUCUAUGCAGCUCUGGGAGUUGAGCUCUUUGGAAAACUGGAGUGCUCAGAGGAAAACCCAUGUGAGGGUCUUAGUCGCCACGCUACCUUUGACAACUUUGGCAUGGCUUUCCUCACACUCUUCAGGGUGUCCACCGGAGACAACUGGAAUGGGAUUAUGAAGGACACGCUGCGAGAGUGUCGCCCACAGGAUCGCCACUGCCUCACCUACCUGCCCUUGAUUUCUCCGGUUUACUUCGUCACCUUUGUCCUAACAGCUCAGUUCGUUCUGGUCAAUGUGGUUGUAGCUGUUCUCAUGAAGCAUCUGGAGGAGAGCAACAAGGAAGCUCAGCUGGAGGAGUUGGAGGAGAAGAAGGAGCAGAAGGAGAGGGAGGACAGGGAGAGGGAGGAGGCCAGCCGACGCCUCAGUACUGCAUCUGUGGGUGGAGACUUGAGACCAAAUGUGGACACACCUGCCCAGGUGCAGGUUGAGGAUGAGGAGUGUUGCCAUGGCAACCUGCUGAGCAUGGGAUGCAUGCUGUCUCUCCCCAGCGACAGCUACGUCCAGCCACUCAGAUUCUCCCCUUACCCUCCCAUUGGCCACGAGGCCUGCUCCAGCUACAGCUACUCAGACUCUAUGUCAUCUCUGGGCUCCAGCGGAGGUGGUUCACUGCUGCAGGUCCCAGGCGCUCUGCCUGCCAUCAGCCACGCUUCCCUGGGGUCUGGACGCAGCUCAAGGCCGAUGAUCUUCCUUGGCACCUCUCAGACCAGCGACAGACACUCCCCGCACAGACUCAAUCCAGCAGACAGUGUAGACAGACACAGGUUCAGUCCGACUCACAGGAUAAACAGACACAGACUUAACUCAGCUCAUAGUAUAGAUGGAUACAAGUUCAGCCCGACUCAUCGACUACAGAGACACAGACUCAGCUCUGCUCACAGUAUGGAUGGAUACAGGCUGAAUCAAGAUCAUAACACAGACAGACCAAAGCUCAUGUCCAGCCACAGUAUCGACAGAAACCCGUCACUCCGACUGAGCCCCACACAUAGUGCCAGCAGACGCCCCUCUCACUGGCUCAGUCCUGAAGAUAGUUUAGACAGAAACAAGCUGAGUCCCUCCUACGUUCCAGAUACUUCAGUCCUCAAGAGACCGGCAUCUUUGCGCACUGCGAGCAGACAGUUACGGAGGCAGGAGGCAGUGUGCUGUGACUCUCUGGAUCAGAGCGGCUCAGCUGACGAGCUGGCAGAGCCUCACCUCGCUGUACCCGCUGUCUCUUCCACACCACCAUGUCAGCAAUCAUCCAGUGUUCACACACUGAAAUAUACACAUCCCCAGAGGAUCAUCUCAUGCAGGAGCCACAGUGAAACCACUGGACAAGAAUGUGUACCUGAGCAGGCCGUCUGUGGCUCGCAGCUAGAAACACCUGUCGAGAAGAGGCCUCUCAGCUCACAGAGCCUGUCCAGUCUGAAGGUCGCUAGCGGUGAAAUCACCCUGUCGGCUCCGCUCUGUAGCUCCAGAGCAGCUAACCCAGGCCUCGGCUCUGACCCUGGCAUGCAGUCGGACGAUGCUGACGAGGAGGUCAGUCGUAUUAACAGUACUGUUCACACACAGACACAACUUACUCCCAGCUCCUCACACACAAGCAGACAUCUUGCCCCAAGCCACGGGGAGCUCAGGAGCCGCCUCAGCCAAUCAGUGUCCCCGGUGUCUGGCAGGAACAAGAAACACAGGAUGAGCCCGCCACCGGGAGUGGAGCCGGUCACUAUGGCAACCCAACUGAUGGACAGCAGUGUUGAGCUGAGAAGGCGAACUCUGUCAUUUGAUGCCACAACCCUCUCUCCUAAUCAAACGGAGAGGAGCUCUGUGGACGACUAAACAAACCCAGUGAUGGGAUUGCUUAUUCUCUAAAAGGGAGGAGCAUAAUGUGCAGCUGAAGCACACGAGAGGGGCGGGAGCUGCAAUCUAAAACAGGAAGGAUACCUGUCGCCUGUUUCAGGCCACGCCCCUCGCCUCAUCCCUUCCAAUCAAGAUUUUCACAGGGUGUUUGGGACUCUUUCAGACUGUGUGUAUGAGUGUGUAUGUGUUCAAAGACUUUAACCCCUUUGUGAUAUUUGCACACCAGAUGCACACAAGAAGUUUCCUUUUCUUCUACCAUAGGCCUAGCUUUAGUUCAGACAUAGUAACCACUCCCCAGCUGUAUUUACUCAAACACUGACCUUCCCCUUGCUUGCUGUCCUCCUUUGGCACCUCACUCUCAUCCUUAACCUUGCACCUCAAGCCUAGGUCAGAGUACAAGGCAAAACUGAAUGAAAGGUACAGUACAGGUUACUGCCUGAUCCCAUCAUGUACACGCAGACCGAUAGAGAAAGCAAUAACACAGCUGGCACUGCAACUAACAGUUAUUUUUACUAGCUAUUAAUCUAGCAGUUAUUUUCUCUAUAUACCGAUUAAUCGUUUGGGGUCAAAAAACAUUGUUUGAUUUCUUCAAGCCCAAAGUCCCAGACCCAGAGAUAUUCACUAUCACUAUGAUGUAAGACAAGGGUAUUCACAAAUCAUCACAGAAGCUUUAACCAUCACAUAUUUGGAAAUUUUGCUUGAAUUUGUCUCAAAGUGUGUUAAUUAUCACAACAGUUGCUACUCUGAAUAAACACAUAAUGCUGCAGCUCCACACAGCUUGUCAUCCUCUCUAAUAAUAAUUUUCUUAUUUGCCAGAAACUUUAAGUGAAAUUCCCUUAUCUCUUGUUUUGUGUUGCAGAAAUGACCAGUCUAUAUCAUUUAAGUGGUAAACUUACAAAUGUUAAAGCUGAGAAAGAAUUUUAUUUGAAAAUGCUUAAGUUGUU